AUGGUUCGCGAGGGUGUUGGAAUAAGGAUUGAGAAUUAUAACGAUGAUUGUUAUAACGAGGAAGUUUGUAACGACGACGACGAUUGCGACGAAACUUUCUUGGAUAAUAAGGAGGGCGGAAACGGCGACGGAGAAGGAGGCUCUAGCUCUCUAGAUCCCGACCCUGGGGAUAAAAAGCCGAUUCCUAAGCGUAAAUUUAUCAAUCCUAUUAUUAAAAAUAAUGCUAUAUCUUUUAAUAAGGAUUUUUAUCUAAAUAAAGAACGAUUUCGCGGUAAGUCUACGAUCCUUCUUGAAAACUUUAAAACCUUCGACGCCUAUUUAAUUAAGUAUAAGGUUACUAACGAUUGGAAGUGGAAGAUAGAGGAAUUCGCUAAGUUAUUUAUCCGCGACUCUAUUCUUAACAAGGACGUUAAAUUCAAAAUUAUUUACGAUUGGGUCCCCGCUUUAGCCGACCGAUAUAGCGCGCCCGCUAUUAACCCCGCUAUAGUCUAUAAAGGAAUAAUUAAAAAUAAGAAUAAGGGAAAGGUUAAAAAAAUAGUACUUCCUAGUAUUGAAAAGGAUGUUAACGAAGUUCUUUUUAGGGUUUCUACCUGCUUUUCGACUUUACCCCCUAAAGACCCUAAUAACGGAAAGCGUUCUAAUUCCUGCUGUAGUAUUAAGUAA